AUGAGUCAAGACGAAAAAGAAAAUGGGCAAUCAGCUCAUCGUUCCUCUGCAGUUCAUCUAUUCGCAGGAGGACUUGCUGGUACGUUUGGAGCUGUUCUUACCUGUCCUCUCGAAGUCGUUAAAACUCGUUAUCAAGCAUCUGAAAAUUUAUUGAAAGAACAAGAAAAACUUGCUGCUGCUAAAUUAUCUAAAUCAAAUAUUACUCCAUCAAUAUCAACGAAAGAGACUAAUAUUCAUCUAUCAUCAAAUAAACGUCCAAGUAUUAUAGGAUCAUUUAAGCAUAUCGUAAAGCACGAAGGAUACAAAGGCCUCUUCAAAGGUUUAGGACCAAAUUUAGUUGGUGUAGCGCCAUCCAGGGCGAUUUAUUUUUUCGCUUAUGCAAAUACAAAAUCGUUUCUUGUCGAUGCAAUGGAACGUGAAACACCUCUUGUUCAUGUAACUUCAGCCGCUACCGCAGGUAUAGCUAUGUCGACAUGUACAAAUCCUCUAUGGUUUAUUAAAACAAGACUUCAACUUGAUUCACGAGACCUUCGAACAACGGAUAUAAUUCGUGAAGUUUAUCGUCAAAAUGGUCUUCGUGGUUUCUAUAAAGGAAUAUCUGCCUCUUACGUCGGUGUAUCAGAAACAAUUGUCCAUUUCGUUAUUUAUGAACAACUUAAAGCACAAAUUCAAUUAAUGCAAACAAAUUUAGCUCAUUCACCAGAUGAUCCAGGUAUAUUUAAUUUUGUGUCAUAUCUGGGUGCAGCUGCAUGUUCAAAAUCGUGUGCAAGCACUCUCUGCUAUCCGCAUGAAGUGUUACGCACACGUCUAAGAGAAGAAGGUACAAAAUAUAAAACCUUAGUACAAACAUUCAAAACUAUCUUGAGUGAAGAAAGCUAUCGUGGUCUCUAUCGAGGAUUAUUAACACAUUUAAUUCGUCAAAUACCAAAUACAGCGAUUAUGAUGGCUACGUACGAGAUUGUCGUCGCUUUUCUGUCAGAUUCAUCUUCGCAGUCAGUAACAACAACAGAAGUAUCAACAUUGGCUCCAACGCGUGUUUUAAUAAAAUCAGCAGAUAAUGAAGUAAACUCGACCACUGCGGCAGAAGUGUAG